AUGAAUUUGAGUGAUAAUGGAAGAAAUAGGUCGGAUCACAGUAGAACGGAAACUAUAGUUAUCAUAAACUCUGUGCUUAAUGCUCCGUUGAUACUAAUAUCCAUCGUAGGCAAUGCUCUGGUCUUGCUCGCCAUCUUCAGAACGCCUUCCAUACACUCAACCUCAAUGAUUAUGCUGACAAGCCUUGCGUUUUCGGAUCUUCUCGUUGGUCUCCUAGCACAACCACUUUUUAUUGCGGACGAAAUCACAAGCUUAACAACGCAAAACCCUAUAUUAUACCGUCUAUCAGCAAUGAUAGGGUUUUUUGUCGCUGGAGUGUCUCUCGGAACAAUAACAGCCAUCAGUGUGGACCGCGUUUUGGCGCUUCACUAUCACAUGCGGUACGCCAUCAUAGUGACCAACACACGAGUCAAAUGCACCGUAGGAGCAAUUUGGUUGGUCAUGUUCCUGUCUUUGGGGUUUUACUUUUGGGACAAGUAUGUUUUUCACUUAAUGGCAGGUGUAUUUUCGGCUGUUUGCAUUAUCAUUUGCACAGCUUCUUACGCAAAAAUUUAUCGAAUUGUUCGCGUUCACCAGCAACAGAUAAACAUUCAACAUAACGCUGUGGAAAAUGAAAACGCUGGAAACAAAAUGCACCUGUCGAGAGUCAAGAAAAGCGCAAUGAGUACGUUUAUAUUUUACAUUUGUAUGCUAUUUUGUUAUUUUCCAGCCUUUGUUUUACUGACUCUGUUCGGAACAUUGCACGUAGCAUGGAAACCCGAAUGGACAUUUUCCUCAACUUUAACAUUCAUGAACUCUGCCAUUAAUCCUUUUCUGUAUUGUUGGCGGCUCCAAGAACUUAGAGAAGCGAUUGUCAAAACAACGAAGCAGCUAUUUCACCCACCGAAUGGAAACUGAAGUAGGCGACGCAUGAAGCACAACGACGACAGCGACGUCAACAAGAACGGCAGAAAAGCAAUAGGCUUAGAUUAAAAAACGACAACUUUGUACGUGCAUCAUGCCUUUUUGUUCAUUUUUUUGCCGUCGUUGCACGACUGCUAGACUACGAGCAGUCUCUCUUUUUUCUGUAGUCCGUCGAGCAAAACGUGAGACACGCAAAUGGCCACGCGCGUGACAGAUGGCGCGAGACGCGCCGUUUCACGCGUCUCGUGCGCGCGCGUGCAUUGCUCUCACUAAAUCUGAAGAAAAGGAGAGACUGCUUGUCGUCUACACGACUGCACGUCAAAGUGCCUUAUUUUACGCUUUGAAAGGGAUGUGAACACAAGACAUCAACUUUCUUUGCCAUACAGUUCUUUAGAAUUCAACUCCGACUGAAAAAUUCGCCAACAUUGACGAAUUCAACGAGAUGGAAUAAGCGCGUCAAAGUUGAAAGGUGAUGUUACACAGGACGAUUCGCAACGACGAUUUUUAGCCCAACACAGCGUUGCAAUGUUGGAAUAAUGUUGUAACCAUUCGAAACAAUGUCGCAACAAUGUUGCAACACUGUGUUGCGCUAAAAUCGUCUCGUGUAGGUCUAAGUCUACUUAGAGAACGGUAUGGAAGACAACCCAUGUUUGCUCUGGAUCUUAAACGUGUUUCAGUGUACAUUAGACUCAGAACGUCUUAAUGUCUGCUAAAAAGAGGAUAGAAUAUUUGCUUAAAAGGGUCAGGUUUUUGAGAAGUGUCAAUGUCAGAAGAAAACGAUGGUACUCCUUAAAACGAAUUUACACUCAACAAAAACGUGAAACUUGACCUGUAUUACUCAGAUACCGUGACUGCCUUUACUUAAUAUCACAUUUCUCAUAUUUGUAGAACUUGACAAUGUAUUAUAUCUGAUUUUGAAGUACGUGUCGUAAUCCGGCACCUCUACAGUCAAUAUUGGUACAAUUGAAUUACAUCUGAUUUUGAAGUAAGUGUCGUAAUCCGGCACCUCUACAGUCAAUAUUGGGACAUGGAGUGUAAAUGUAUAAAUUGUGUCUGUUAACCAAGUCCUACGAUGUAACCAUUCAAAUGAAAGCUACUGAGCAGUACUUUCCUGUGGUACUGUUUAUUAUGCUGUACAACGUGGUUCUAACUUUUGAGUCUGUGGAUGAAAUCCUAUGAUGUUACCAUUCAAAUGAAAGCUACUGAGCAGUUCUUUCCUGUGGUACUGUUUAUUAUAUCAUACAAGGUGGUUCUAACUAUUCUCUAUGUGAACGAAAUCCUAUGGUGUGACCAUUCAAAUGAAACUUUUUCAUCAUUAAUUUAGCACGGUGAGUUUUUUUUUCGGCAUUUUCCAGAAUGAGAUUUAGACCUAUUGUGAUGAUACUAAACAAUGAAAUGUUGAAAACGAACUCCGAAGGCAGUCUCGGGCAAGAACUCUCAUAGAAAGAUAUAAUUUGAAGGAGAGAGUAGUUGUUUUNGAUUUUGAAGUAAGUGUCGUAAUCCGGCACCUCUACAGUCAAUAUUGGGACAUGGAGUGUAAAUGUAUAAAUUGUGUCUGUUAACCAAGUCCUACGAUGUAACCAUUCAAAUGAAAGCUACUGAGCAGUACUUUCCUGUGGUACUGUUUAUUAUGCUGUACAACGUGGUUCUAACUUUUGAGUCUGUGGAUGAAAUCCUAUGAUGUUACCAUUCAAAUGAAAGCUACUGAGCAGUUCUUUCCUGUGGUACUGUUUAUUAUAUCAUACAAGGUGGUUCUAACUAUUCUCUAUGUGAACGAAAUCCUAUGGUGUGACCAUUCAAAUGAAACUUUUUCAUCAUUAAUUUAGCACGGUGAGUUUUUUUUUCGGCAUUUUCCAGAAUGAGAUUUAGACCUAUUGUGAUGAUACUAAACAAUGAAAUGUUGAAAACGAACUCCGAAGGCAGUCUCGGGCAAGAACUCUCAUAGAAAGAUAUAAUUUGAAGGAGAGAGUAGUUGUUUUAGUCAAGAGAGAUCUCAUUCUCUCUUGUUUUAGUACAAUAGUUAAAGGCCCGUUAAACUGCUCCAAUUGCGUCUGGCCGAAGGAUCUCUACGGUCAAGAUGUAAAAAUGUACACUUCGUCGUCAUUUGUUGUAUCCUGCGAGCAGAUGUUUCUCUCUUGCCAACUACGCGACAGAUAAGCGCCGGAUGCGAACAACUUCGUAAACGUUAAAAGCCAUGCAAAGGAGAACAAUCUGCUCGCAGGGUACGUGUUUUGAUAUAUAGUUUCUUUCUAGCGCGUUGAAUACGCCUCGGCAUAGUUUGUAUGGAAAGAAGAAAAAAAAAACUUCAAAAUUUGAAAGUUUUGUACUGUAUGCCAGAUAGACUUCAAUUAAAACUCCUGCUUUAUGAAAAAAUGACCUACUUAUAAUUAACUGGCAAUAUUCUCUUCAAUUCUUAAUAAAAAAAAGUAAACCUAUUAAAACGGGUUAAAAGUAACGAGAAACGAGGAGGGAAGCUAAACUAAAUUGCAGAGAAGUCAGGAGCCUGAAUGAAUAAAAAAAACUUGAAAAAUUCGUGACUGCUUACAUGCGUCUUGGUAAUUUAAAAAGUUGUCUUUUCUGCCACAUGAGCUGAAAGGCCAUUUCGUUUUACUUUCGUCUAUUUUUAAUGAGGUUUUAAAUAGUGGUGUGCCGAUCAUCGAUUAUAAUCGAUCAUUGAUCGAAAAUCUUUUACGACGCGACAAUCGAUUAUGGAUGAUGACAAUCGAUUAUUGCGGACAAAUGAAAAAAAAUGUUGAUGACAAAUAAAAACAUAAAAAAAAUUGUGUGUUGUAUGCACAUUUUAAUGCACAUUUUGAUGGUUCUCUUAGAAAUUUUUUUUUUCGAAAUUAGUAGCUGGCCGUAAAGAACAUAUUUAGAUCUACUUACUGCGAUCAGAAAGGUUACAAGAGUAGAUGAAAGCAAAACAGAUAUAAACAGCUUGCAAAUAUCGAAGCGAAACUCAAGUUGGUUCCCAGGGUCCACUCUUCGUUGUCUCGUUUUCAUGUUGUCCACAACAAACAUGGCAGCUGAGUUUUUUAUCAACAAAUUUUCCGAUUAUAAUCGAUGAACGAUCGGGUGGGUCAAUCCGAUUAUUUCCGAUGAUCGAUGAUAAAAUCUCAGCCCAUCACUAGUUUUGAAAGAUCUCAUUUAUAGUGAGUAUAAUAAAACACGGAUGAGUUUUUAGCUCCAUUUCUUAACGCAAAAUAAUCCAAAACUGAAAGGAAAUUGUAGGGAAACUUUCUGAGGCCACGACUGGGCUCGCUGUUAGUGUUUUUAUCAAGUGCAAAACACUCGUCUGUGUGUCGUGUUUUACUGUUAAUGAAUUAGUCCUACUACUUUUAACAUUUUAAAAUAUAUUUUUUUAAUUCACAAAGUGGGCUAAACAUCAGGAAAACCAGAUGCUGGAAUAAAACACGUAAGAAAGGGUACAAACAACCGCAGCAAACAAAAAAAGAGAAAACAGUGCGAUAAAAAGUGAGACGAAACGAUCAAAUUCCACGCUCCGUUUAAGGCACUUAGAAGAUUUUCUACAAACAAAAGGCUUUUUUUAAGGACGGGAUCCGGGAAUUUAGUGUCAAAGGGAGGGGGGUGGAGGGAUGGGGGGGGGGGGCGAGAUUCGGGAUUGCAAUUGUGAUCGAGGCAAGGUUUUAGGAUGCGGAAAUCGGGGAAUGUCUUUUAAAGUUUUCACAGUUUGCCAACAGUUGGUUCGACCCCGUCACAUGACCUUUUUAGCCGUAACAAGUACUUAUCCCAAUAUUUGCCACUGGUGCUCCGAAGAUGAGGGAGUCUUGAUCCUCUGUGAGACACUUUCGGUACCAAAAUAAGCUGAUAAGAACUCAUCGUCGGGAUUACGGGUCGAGACGGGAGUCAGAGGAAAUAUCGGUGGCAAGUGCAUAAACAAAACAAUCAAAACAGAACAGGACGCAAAAGUGCGCAAAUAUUUUGUUUUUGUUUGAUUUUCUUCAAAGUGAAAAACGUUUCCUUACCGUAAAACGCAUCAUAACGCAAUGUCAAAAUGCGAACUUGUUUGAAUUAAGCAUACAUGGCUUGUGACAGCCAAGCGUUCAUAGCGACGUUGGUUUUUGAUCCUUCGAUGUCGGUUCUACCUAUCAUUGCGAAUGAGCUUGUCACGAGUCUCACGGUUUGACGAUUUAUCUCGCGCUCUCACAAGUUAACUAUUAAUUUCUCUUGCUUUCCAGAAAGUGGGUGGAUUAGGAAUCUGUUUGAAAGCAAGGCCACAUCCGAAUUUACAUAUAUGUUGUAGUUAAUUUUUUAUCCUAGGUAAUUUUUAUUUUUCCUUUGUUUCAACUUCAUUAGCCUACAUUACCAUACCAAAAAAAACAAAAGAAAAACAAAAAUUACCUGGGAUAAAAAUAUUCAGGGUAUACAAUAAAGUGGUGCAUACUUCGCCUACUUUAUCAGAUUUAUUCACAAUUAUGUGUCUGGAGUAGUGUAAAUAGUUAUUUAAUCCUACUUAGCAACUUUCAUUUGUCUAGAUAUGGUAACAUUGGUUUUGACACUAAAAAAGUGAUUUAAAAGUUUAUUUGAUCUUUUUACCUUCUUUCGUUUUGCUUUUGUUUCGUUACUGUUUCUUUGUGUUCCCUUUUUUUUCCCAUUAUGCUACCAAUUAAAAAUUUGCAUCUUUCUUUAAUUUGCAGCACUUUUAUGGAAACAGAUUUAAAAACCGGGUCAUCUGGGCUAGUUUCGAGACCUAGAAAUGACUCUGUCUAUUUCAUCACUUUGCUAUUGACAUAAAAUCGUGUCUGCAUGAAGAACUGCGACGCACAGUCAGUUUAACGUCACUUGACUUGAAAGAAAGUGUGGUUAGCUCUAUAUAAUGUCGUAGUUCUUAAAACAGCCACGAUUUUUUGACAAUACCCGAGUGAUGAAGGACACAAAGACUCUGCUAUUAAUAUCGUAGUCUCGAAACUAGUGGUUGAACUUGCAAUUUGCAUGAAUAUGUAGGAUCUGAGGAAUGAUAACCGUAGGUGUUGAAACAAAGUUACCCCAGGCAGAACUGAAAUAGUUAUUUGAUCGAAAAGCGAAAUUGACAAUUGGUAUAAUUCAAUGCAAACAGGAUGUAUUUUAAACCGAGCUUUCACCCAGUUAAUAAGUUCCCACACCAUAUCACGAGUGGUUUAUAAGCGGGGCCACAAACGCAAAGGUGUGUAUAAAUCGUUGACGAUCUUUUAAGGAGAGACAUCAUGAAUUUUAGUGAUAACGGAAGAAACAGUUCCGAUCACAGCAGAGCGGAAACUAUAGUUAUCAUAAACUCUGUGCUUAAUGCUCCGUUGAUACUAAUAUCNCUUGCAAUUUGCAUGAAUAUGUAGGAUCUGAGGAAUGAUAACCGUAGGUGUUGAAACAAAGUUACCCCAGGCAGAACUGAAAUAGUUAUUUGAUCGAAAAGCGAAAUUGACAAUUGGUAUAAUUCAAUGCAAACAGGAUGUAUUUUAAACCGAGCUUUCAUCCCGUUAAUAAGUUCCCACACCAUAUCACGAGUGGUUUAUAAGCGGGGCCACAAACGCAAAGGUGUGUAUAAAUCGUUGACGAUCUUUUAAGGAGAGACAUCAUGAAUUUUAGUGAUAACGGAAGAAACAGUUCCGAUCACAGCAGAGCGGAAACUAUAGUUAUCAUAAACUCUGUGCUUAAUGCUCCGUUGAUACUAAUAUCAAUCGUAGGCAAUGCUCUGGUCCUGCUCGCCAUCUUCAGAACGCCCUCCAUACACUCAACCUCAAUGAUCAUGCUGGCAAGCCUUGCGUUUUCGGAUCUUCUCGUUGGUCUCCUAGCCCAACCACUUUUUAUUGCGGACGAAAUCACAAGCUUAACAACGCAAAACCCUAUAUUAUACCGUCUGUCAGCAAUGAUAGGCUUUUUUGUCGCUGGAGUGUCUCUUGGAACAAUAACAGCCAUCAGUGCGGACCGCGUUUUGGCGCUUCACUAUCACAUGCGAUACGCCAUCAUAGUGACCAACACACGAGUCAAAUACACCGUAGGAGCAAUCUGGUUGGUCAUGUUCCUGUCUUUAGGGUUUUACCUUUGGGACAAGUAUGUUUUUCACUUAAUGGCAGGUGUAUUUUCGGCUGUUUGCAUUAUCAUUUGCACAGUUUCUUACGCAAAGAUUUAUCGAAUUGUUCGCGUUCACCAGCAACAGAUAAACAUUCAACAUAACGCUGUGGAAAAUAAAAACGCUGGAAGCAAAAUGCACCUGUCGAGAGUCAAGAAAAGCGCAAUGAGUACGUUUAUAUUUUACAUUUGUAUGCUUCUUUGUUAUUUUCCUGGGUUUGUUUUACUGACUCUGUUUGGAACAUUGCACGUACCAUGGAAACCCGAAUGGACAUUUUCCUCAACUUUAACGUUCAUGAACUCUGCCAUUAAUCCUUUUCUGUAUUGUUGGCAGCUCCGAGAACUUAGAGAAGCGAUUGUCAAAACAACGAAGCAGCUAUUUCACCGACCGAAUGAAAACUGA